CCGGUUGUGGCCACGCCUUCGUGUAGACAAAUUAGGAGCUACAAAUGUGCUCGCAGGUUAGCAUAGCAUAGGCGAACAUACCGCAUUGACAGCUGGGAGAAGCAGGAGUUCGCUUCACCGGACACGACUUAGUUGACGACCUCAUGGCUAAAGUAAACGGCGGGUCCUCUGGCUGUAGGGCUAUCGUAAUGGCCGGUCAGUUUUUGUCGAAACCGGCGCCGCCUCUCGUUCAGCCGCAGCAGAACACGGGUCAGCGGAAACUCGCCAAAAUUCAGCGGCGCAUGCUGUCAGUCAGCUCCGCCGUCUCUGCUAACAAGACACCCGUUCAGACGCAGCUGGACGCGGCCAGCUUCAUCCCGCUCUCGGAGCGCGGUGUGUGGUCGAACCGCACCAUGGUCUACCGGGACGUUAAAGCGUUUCUCAAUGAAGUCGGCGGGGAUCCGCGGGAAGCUCGCUACUGGCUGACGCAAUUUCAGAGAGCUAGUGUGUGUAAAGCGCCUGCCUUCGCCGUACUUGAGAUCGACCCAUCAGUGUUCAAGAGCUGUGAGAUGGUGCAGAGCCUGGCGUUCGGCUUGUCCUUCCUGCAGCGCAUGGAUAUGAAGACCGUGGUGGUAAUGGGGCUUCCUCCUGAGCUGAUGAAAGAAAACUGCGUACCAAAUGGACCUGUUUCCUCUGACUCCAGAACUGUACUGAUUAAAUAUUGCCAAGCUCUUGCUGAGGCCUUGCAGUAUAGCUCGGCUAGCGUCAUUCCUUUCUUCAGUGCAGAGUCAAUGCUGCGACUUCAGGAGCCUCAACACUGCAGCAGUGGUGCUGCCUCUAUCGUGGUAGACACAACCAUGCUUCAGUGGAGUCUGGACUGCGGCGCUAUUCCCCUGGUGUGCCCUGUUGGCUGUGAUACAACCGGCUGCUCCACUCUCCUCAAUUCAGUCGACGUCACCGUAGCCAUCUCUCGAGCACUCCAACCCCUCAAAGUCAUGUUCCUGAACAGCUGGGGGGGCCUCUGUAACCAGAACCUAAAGGUGCUGGGUACGGUGUCCCUGCCGAGUGACCUGCCGCUCUUGUCCUCGGCUGAGUGGCUGUGUGUGCAAGAGCGCAGGCAGGUCAACGCUAUUGCUCACCUCCUCAACCAGCUCAGUCCAGAGAGCUCAGCAGUCAUCACUUCAGCUAACACACUGCUCACCGAACUCUUCAGUCAUAAAGGUUCUGGCACCUUGUUCAAAAAUGGAGAUCCCAUUCACAAGUACAGCAGCCUUGAGGGCAUAGACAUGGACCGUCUCCUGGCUCUGAUUGACCAAUCUUUUGGGAAGACACUAAAGGAAGAUUACAUCAGCUCUCUUAAGGACAGACUUCAUUCCAUCUAUCUGUCAGAAGGGUACAGCGCAGCAGCCAUCAUCACCACAGAGCCGGUCAGCAGUGGGAUUCUGUAUUUGGAUAAAUUUGUGGUGAGUGACAGUAAACAGGGGCAGGGCACCAGUCAGAUCCUGUGGGAGUGUAUUCGCCAGGACCUGGACAGGCUUUUCUGGAGAUCCCGUGCAACAAAUCGUAUCAACCCAUGGUACUUCAAGCACUGUGAUGGCAGCUUCGUGGACGGCUGCUGGAUCGUGUUCUGGUUCGGUCUGUCAGAUAUACGUGAUUCAUACGAGCUGGUUGAGUAUGCCAAGCAACUCCCUGACUCGUUCUGCCAAAACUCCGAGAGUGACCCAUCUAUCCAGCAGGCGCCCGCUGGGUCUUAAACACCUCCCACUGGAUUUCACACCCUGGAUUUCAGCAUAGGCAUCCCUGUGUGCCUUUCACAUGACCCUGAUGUAUAGCAUUAUUUUUAAAAUUUGGUGUUGCUGAGAGUGGCUUCCUACUUGGGUUUGCUAGUUUUCAUUCUGAUUUGAUUUUAGGUGAAGGUUGUCCAUUCUGGCAGUCCUGCUGUUACACUGGAGGUGUACAGGAUAUUAUCGAGGACUUUCACCUGGAAAUACAAAGCAUUAAAAUUCCUCAUAAAAAAUGUUUACAGUAUACUCUCCAGCAGAUUGUGUCAAUCGUACACUGUGGAACUGUUCACCAUUUGUGGAUUAUGAAACUUAAGAACUUAUUCUGAUAUUUUUUAUUAUUAUUUUGAUAUUAAAUGGUCAAGGCAACCAGUUA